AUGAAAGACAAACGUCUUCUCCCACCACCAUCUGAAGUCCCCGAGUUCCUUCACAGCUCACCCUUCUUUCCGACCUUCGAACCCGAUGAAGAGAACCACAUCCGCCCGCCGGAACACAUGCCCAGCAUCCUCGAGAUCCUCAAAUCCAAACCUGCACGUGUCGCCUUCACGUUCUUCCUUGCUCUGACCACGUUCAUCUACUUCCGUACUGCAGUCUACGAAUUUCAUGUCUGGACCCGUCUCGCGGGUCCUUCGUGCUCGCUAUCCGCUCCGGUCUACCCGCCAUCAUCCUGGGAUGCACCGGAUGUUGACUGGACCAAAUUCGCUUACACCCAAUACGCUACCAACCUAAACUACCUUUGCAACUCAGUCAUGAUCUUUGAAACUCUCCACCGCCUUCAGAGUAAGCCUGACCGCCUCAUGCUCUACCCAUCCAAGUAUUCCGCCCCAGACGCCGUAGCCGAUACCCCCGAGCGCCGCCUCCUGCUUAAAGCCCGCGACGAGUACGGCGUUAAACUCGAGGCAGUUGAAGUCGUGCACGAGAAGUCCGCCUUAUACGCCGGGCCUAAUUGGGCCGAUAGCUACACGAAGCUCCUCGCGUUCAAUCAAACGCAGUACUCCCGUCUUCUGGUCCUAGACUCAGACUCGACCAUCCUGCAGCUCAUGGACGACCUUUUCCUCUUACCAGAUGCGAAAGCGGUCAUGCCCAAAGCGUGGUGGCUAGACUACCCGUUCGUGACCUCGCAUAUCAUGCUCAUCCAGCCUUCCGCCUCCGAAUUCUCGCGUAUCCAGGAUGCGAUCAGGGAUGCGCAUCUGGGCUUCUACGACAUGGAAAUCGUGAAUAUGCUUUACGGGAGGGAAUGCCUGGUCCUACCACACAAGCCCUAUGCUCUGCUUACGGGCGAGCUGAGAUCUGGAGACCACAGCAAGUGGCUGAAAGGGGGACACGAGAACUGGGAUCCGGACUCGGUGAUGAAGCAGGCGAAGCUGGUUCAUUUCUCCGAUCAUCCGUUGCCGAAACCGUGGUCGGCGACGAAGUCAAUGAGAGAAAGUGCUCAGCCUGUCUGUUUAGAUGGUGAGGGGCAGGGGCAAGGGGAGGGGUGCCGGGAGAGGAAAAUUUGGAUGGGUCUCUAUGAGGAUUUCAAGACCAGGCGAAAGAAUAUCUGUGAUAUGUGA